AUGGCUGAGGCUGUUGUUUCCUUUGUGCUCGAGAAAGUGGGAGAGUUGAUCAUGGACUCCAUCGUAAGCGAAGCAAUGCUAUUGUAUGGAGUCAGUGACCAAGUUGACACUGCAAAACGGGAGCUACAACAGAUCUGUUUCUUACGAGAUGCAGAUGCACAGAUGAGUCGUGGAGUGGCAACCGAGAGUUUGCGCAAUUUCGUCUCAGAAACAACAGAAGGUGCUUAUGAUUUGGAGGAUGUCAUCGCGACAUUUUCCUCAGAAAGGCGAGCUUAUUCCCACAUUGUUGAACAUGACAUUGUUGGAUUUGAUAACAAUAUUAAAGAACUGGUGGGACAUCUGACAUCAGAUGACAAUUCCCAUCGCGUUGUAUCGAUUUGCGGGAUGGGCGGUCUAGGCAAGACCACAAUCGCAAGAAAGGUCUAUCGACGUAGCGAAAUACGUGCUCAUUUUGGAAGUCUUGCUUGGGCAUCAAUAUCGCAACAGUGUCAUGUAAGCAGUGUGUGGAAAGAAAUUUUACUCAAGCUUUGCGGGGACGAGAAAACCGGAAUCAGAGAAAUGGAGGAGGAAGAAAUAUGCAGAAAGCUCUAUAGCAUCCAAAAAGAAAGGAAGUGUCUGGUAAUUCUUGACGAUAUCUGGACGACCGAAAUGUGGGAUCGUCUAAGCCCUGCUUUUCCAAAAGAUGGAACAAAUAGCAAAAUAUUGCUCACUACUCGGACUAGAGAUCUAGCUUCGCAUGCAGACAGAAACGCCAUCAUUCAUGAGCCUCUCUGUCUCAAUGACGAUGAAAGCUGGGAGUUGUUUCAGAAUAUUGUUAGAGCGCCUCAAACAAAUCCGGAAGACGAAAAAAUAAAGGAGGAACUAGGGCGGCAGAUGCUCAGACAUUGCGCUGGUUUGCCAUUAGCUAUCAUUGUACUCGGGGGACUUUUAUUCAAAAAAGAAACAGCUGUGGAGUGGGAGAUGUUUGGUAAGAAUGUCAAGAAGCACAUCAGUGAAGGAAAAGGAAAAGAGCUGCAAGAUUCCAAAUACUCAGGUGUCUCAUGGGUGUUGGGUUUAAGUUAUGAUGAGUUGCCAUAUUUCUUGAAGCCAUGUUUCUUAUACUUGGCAAUUUUUCCGGGGGAUUCCGAGAUAAGGACACAUGAAUUAUGUCAAAUGUGGAUGGCAGAAGGCUUCAUAUCAUCUGAGGAGAUGGGGUAUGACUACUUGCACGAGUUGGUACAAAGGUGCAUGGUUCAAAGAGGAGUGCUGAGUUCAAUAAACAAAAGAAUUAGAACAUGUCGGGUUCACGAUCUUAUGAGAGAUUUGUGUUUGUCUAAGGUUCGAGAGGAAAACUUUUUGCGAAUCACCGAUUUCUCAAACGGACACAUGGCCACAGAUACUUUGGCAUCAUCUAAGGUUCGUAGACUUGCCAUGUUCUAUUUCCGCAGCCAUUAUGAAUUGCCAGCCAUCAGUAAAGAUGGCAGCCUUAGAUCUUUUAUAUGCCACUACGAAUUUGACUCUCAUCCGACAAAAGUGGGGCCGUGGUUUGAUUACUUUCGUUUGCUAAGGGUUUUGAAGUUGGAAAAUCUGGGCCAUUCUUUUACGCUACCCAGAGAAAUUGGAAAGCUCAUCCACUUGCGGUUCUUACGAUUGCAGGGAAAAAAUUCAGCUGAACCAUUUCCAUCAUCCAUAAGAAAUUUGACAAGCUUGCAGACCUUAGAACUAGACCUACAAGAUUGCGGAUUUGAUUUUCUUAGCAAAAAUGUGUCGAAGUGGAGGUUGGAACAGUUGAGACAUCUAUAUUUACCAUCACCUUUGUACAGCUCUUGUUUCAAAGUUAGUGAUAAACAACUCUUGUUGGAGAGUGCUGGUAGUCUGCAGACACUAGUCAACAUUUCAACUUCAUACCCUGGUUUCAAUGGUUUGGCACGACUGACACGUCUUACGAAGUUAAAAGUUGUGUUUGACGAAGAUUGGCAAGGAGGUGUUACAUUUAACUGUCUUCGGUUUCUAAGGGUGGAGGUUGAAGCGCCCAAUGGAAUAGACAUUACACCAAUCCUAUUGAGCUGUCCUCAAAUUUACAGACUAAAAGUGAGCGGUCGUAUUCCAAAAUUUCCAGAAGACUACAGCCAAUUCUCAUCAAACCUGUUAAAGCUGACGCUUAUAGGAACAUGGCUAAAGAAUGACCCCAUGCCUACACUAGGAAAGUUACCAAUGUUGAGGAUCCUUCGCCUUCUCAACAGGGCCAUCAUAAGCGAGGAAAUAGUUUGCUUGGGAGGAGGUUUUCCACGACUUGAAUCUCUUCACUUUUGGGGGGUUUUUCUUGAAAACUGGAGGGUGGACGAAGGAGCCUUGCUCAGUCUCUGCCAUUUGACUAUUGAAAUGGAUCUCACUCUAAGGAGACUUCCAGAGGGACUAAGAUUCAUUGCAACUCUCAAGGAAAUUGUGCUAGAUCAUAUUCCUGUGGAACUAGUAAGGAGGUUGAAGGAAGGAGGUGAAGAUUUCUACAAAUUUCGGCAUGUGCCAUCUCUUGUAUUUCUACAUCCCUAUAUCCACCGUACGUAUUCAUAA